UUUACCGUUAGACAGGGCGAUGCCCAAUCCAUAUUACACAAGGUCUGAACUGCAAUCAGAAUCAUCAGUUUCGAGGUUACCUUGGAAAAGAAUCCAAAGUUGCCAUUAAAAUAUCCAUGCAACCCUAAUGCUUGUAUACCUACUUCACGGCUAUCUGACAGAACAGCAGGGGAGCUGAGCCUUUGAUGUAUAUCAGAGUGAGUAGAAGCAAGUUAUUGAUCAUGCACUUGCUAAUGAUCCCAGGCUAGACCAUCUGCAAUCUGAAAGUAGAAAACCAUAGAAAAAUUCAUCAACGUUUCAGAUCACACUCUGUCAUAUAUCACUAGUGUAAUUUGAACCAGGUUGCUUGUGGACUCAAGAAUGUGGGUGGUGAAGAAAGCCAAGAAAUGGUCAAAAAAGAGGGGAAGAAAGGGGAAAACCAGAGAUGGGGGUGGAACUACUCCUGCUUGUGGCCACUGCCAGCAUUGUCAGAACAAUACCUGUUCAAACCUAAACCCAUUUCCUGCAAUACCUUUCCAAGGCAUCUCAAACAUCCAACCCAGUGCUCCUCCUUUACCCCAAGACCUAGAAAGUGAGCCUGGUGAAAUCAGCCAGAAUUCUAUAGCUUAUGGACUGAGCAAUUCUUACCAACAGUACAUGGAUCCAGUUCCUGCGCCUGGAGUGCCCAUUUGGAUAGAUAUGCAGCAAGGCUGGAGCACAGGGCUGUCUCACUGUGAAGAGGAUGUACCCACCUGCUUGUUUGGAUUCUUCUGCCCUUGUAUUCUAUUUGGGAAAUUAGCAGAGGAAAUGGAUAAUGGGCAAACUUCAGGCAUCACAGCUUCCAUUGUGUGGUACAUUUUACAACAGAUUGCUUGUUUGGGAUGCAUUUAUUCAUCUGGGUUUAGAACAAAACUGAGGGACAGAUAUAAUCUCUCAGAGAAGCCUGUCCCAGAUUGGCUAGUGCAUUGUUUUUGUUGGUCCUGUGCAUUUUGUCAGGAGUACAGAGAAUUGAAUACGAGGAAGAUGAGGGAAGAGGCUUUGGUUGGCAGGCCCAUUCUUAUCCCUCCACACCACCAGUCUAUGACUUACUAACAUCAAUUUUAGUUUUUGCAUGCUAGAGUUAAGUUUUCAUCUGUAUACAGUAGCUUCAUCUACUGUAAUCUGAUCACCAAGAAAUUGUGGAGAUGUUUUUUGGGAUAACCCUGUAUAAGUAGUAAUUACUGAAGGGAUAAUGAUAAAUUUUUUUAGUCAUAAAUUGCAAUUGGAAAUAAACUCUACUUAUUUUUUAAAGACAUUGUCUUUAUUAUUGUAUUGUAGAUAAAGAUAAUCUUUUAAGUCAUAAAAGAAUUUGUUUUCUUGAAAGAGAGGUCACAAGUUUAAAUCUGUCAUAGUAAGAUAAGUAGGUCUCAUUUCUAGUACAGUAAGGUGCAUC